ACUUUAGUAAGGUACAAGUCUCACCGGUAGUGUCGGUAUGACUGACUUGCCAGCUCCUUUCUCUACCCUCUCUCCCGUGUGUAGUGCAGCAGUCCUGCUCUGUUGUUCGCUUUCACAGACAUAUUAGCUGUCAUCUGUCUCAUAUAUCAUAUGUAUAUAUGCGACCGCCUUUGCUCUGGCCGCUGAGCCCUGGAUAACGCCUUUUACGACAAGCUCUUGUCUAUAUUAUCCGCCACAUCAAUACCGCUCGCAGCAGGCUCGCAGCUGAUCGAUGUUAGACACGCCGGGAUAGGGCUCAGGUGUGAGAUUGAAACCGAAGUGAUAGAGUUAGGAUCGCUUAGAUAUCUUGUUUAUCAUAAUACCCAACCCCUGAACAUCGCAUCCGAGCACAUCUCCCUCUACUAAGCAUCUAGCAAGUCAUCCCGAUGGAGCAACCACCAGAUCCGAUUCAAAGCGAGCUGGAGAGUUUUAGGCAACAGUGGCGGGAAGAAGUCUCAUCUCGAGCGAGAAGUCAUGCAGAACCGUCAUCGUCAUCGACAUCAACUCUACAAACCCGUGAUCAGCAGUCGCUGCUAAGUGUCGGUUCAUCAUCAGCAUCCAAUAGGCUUCCCCGACGGCAUGAGCCUCCCUCACAUACCAAGGGGCCAGCAUACUCUACUAAGCUUGGUCAAUUAGAUGAAGACGAGGAUGACUAUGUUCCAGCACCUGCAUUUGACGUUGCCGGCCCAUCGGUGGCUAAAGUAGCCAGCGGUCAUACAUUGGACAGCCAUUUAAACGAAAAGCCCAAGGAGCCUGAAACCGCACUUGACUUCUACGAGCAUGCCGCCGAAAGAGAGUCUACGGGUAAGCUCGGAGAUAGCCUACAGCUGUAUCGCAGGGCGUUCCGAAUGGAUGACAACGUUGACCGCAAAUACCGGGAUAAGCAUUUUGCGAGCCGCUGGACGAAACCAGCUCAGAAACAGCCGACCAACCCGCCUGAAACAACCGUGGCAGUCCCUAACGCCACCCAGCCCUCGCGACAAGGCGACCGCGGCGCCGCCAGCGGUGAUGCGGAUGAUGCCAUUCCUUUGUCAUUCCCAGAUCUUAUAGCCAGCUUUGCGGGAUUGACUGUCGAGGGCGAGCCUCCCGAGUGCGAAGGGGUAGAGCCGCCCCCAUGCCCCAUCGCUACACUUCCAGAUGAGAUCCUAGUACACAUUCUUCAGGAUGUCGCAAUAGCUGAUGUGGGUGAUUUUGUGCGACUCUCUCAAGUUUGCAAGCGACUUGCUUAUCUUGUCAUGGCCGAGGAUCGGAUAUGGCGGCGCGUAUGUCUGGGCUCCGAAUUCGGGUUUGGCGGUAUGCACCAUCACUUCCAACGAUCCAUAAACUGGAAACCGGUGACACUAUCUGACGCCGUCACCGACUUCGAAUACGAAGACGAUGAGGCGGACGGAGGAAUUUACACGGUAGAAGACUUUCAUCGCCGCCGUGAAGCUGAGGCGCACGCCACGACACUGGCACUCUACCGCGGCGUAAAAGGCUACGCGACUUGGCUGUCCAUGUUUCGGCGGCGACCUCGUGUGCGCUUCAACGGGUGUUACAUCAGCACGGUGAACUACAUCCGGCCGGGGCAGAAUUCCGGCCAUACACUGACGUGGAACACGCCGGUGCACAUCGUGACGUAUUACCGCUAUCUGCGCUUAUUUCGAGAUGGAACUGUCAUAAGUCUGACGACCACCGACGAACCAGCGCACGUUGUGCACUAUCUGACCCGCGAUAACCUCCCCUCCUUACGCCGUGGAAAUGAUACAUCGCAUCAGAAUCAGCAGCAGCACCACCUCCCCGCACCCGUAAUGGCAUCAGCCUUGAAAGGUCGCUGGCGACUCUCAUCUCUGCGCGAUCAUCGAAAUCAGUCCCACCAAGGAGGCGAAGGUGGCAUCGGCAAUAUCUUAAGUACACAACGCAACGCGCCACCCAACAUCAUCGCCCCCAAGGCCACCCCAACCCAAAACAGUACAGAAACCCCAAGCCUAUCACAAAGCGAAGGCGACUUGUAUAUAGAGACAGAGGGCGCGGUAGGCGCCAAAUACACGUAUAGAUUAGACCUGUCAUUACGCAGCGCGGGGCGGUCGACGCGCAACAACAAACUCGUGUGGCAAGGGUUUUGGAGCUAUAACCGACUCACGGAUGACUGGGCACAGUUUACAUUGAAGAACGAUAAGCCUUUCUUUUUCAGCCGGGUACGAAGCUACGGAGUCACCGGUGAGUAAAUUUGAAUUUUGACUGGUCUGCAUUUAGAUGAGCAUAGACUGGGGAUGAAGUGAGUGAGGUUAGACGACACCAGAAGAGAGGGGGUGAGAGGGAGAAUAGCGAAGGAAUCUGCUGUGAGGAAUGGAGGGGAAGCGGUUUGAAGGGAAUUACCGCGCCACUCGGUGGUCGGCGCCGUAUGAAUAGAAGGGCGAUAGUAUCUGCACCUUAGAAUUAGAAGGUGUAUACGAAGAGCUAUUGAUGGUCUAAGCCUUAAGCUUCUACUUUCUUGCCCUCGGACAUCGCGUUCAUCUCAUAUAGACUGUAGGGUAAUUAUUGCACCUCACCUAGCUGUUGUUUAUGGGGUAUCGGAGGUUGAUCUGCAUGUAUCGCCACGGGGCUCAGUACCUGUAUGCACAAUGAGCAUUCUUUGAUCUCGUGGAAUGUAAGUAAGUAAA